CUUUGGCCGGGCGGGCGUGGAGUGCUACUGUCAGCAUGAGAGCGGUUCAGCUGUCAUCCAGCUCCAGUUCCUGGUCAACGAGGGGGCGCUGGUGAGUGCCUUAGCUGAUGACAGCAUCCACCUGUGGAACCUGAGGCAAAAAAUCCCAGCUAUCCUGCAUUCUCUCAAGUUCAACAGGGAGAGAAUCACAUACUGCCACCUGCCCUUCCAGAGCAAAUGGCUUUACAUCGGCACAGAAAGAGGAAACAUCCACAUUGUCAACGUGGAGUCCUUCACUCUCUCAGGCUACGUCAUCAUGUGGAACAAAGCCAUCGAACUAUCCACCAAGACACACCCAGGGCCUGUCGUGCACAUCAGUGAUAACCCCAUGGAUGAAGGAAAGCUUCUGAUUGGAUUUGAGUGUGGGGUAGUGGUGUUGUGGGAUUUGAAGUGCAAAAAAGCUGACUACCGCUACACUUACGAUGAGGCAAUCCACUCAGUAGCCUGGCACCAUGAGGGUAAACAGUUUGUCUGCAGCCACUCUGAUGGCACCCUGACCACAUGGAAUGUAAGAGCUCCAGCCAAGCCCGCACAGAUCAUCACGCCACACGGAAAGCAGCCUAAGGAUGGAAAAAAGCCAGAACCAUGCAAGCCUAUCCUGAAGGUGGAAUACAAAACAACAAGGGCUGGGGACCCAUUCAUGGUCCUGUCUGGAGGUCUGUCUUACGAUACAGUGGGGAGGAGAGCCUGUCUGACUGUAAUGCAUGGAAAGAGCACUGCUGUCCUGGAGAUGGACUACCCCAUUGUAGAUUUCCUAACACUGUGUGAAACUCCAUAUCCAAAUGACUUUCAGGAGCCUUAUGCUGUGGUGGUCCUUCUCGAGAAGGAUUUAGUUGUAAUAGACCUCGGACAGAUUGGGUACCCAAUAUUUGAGAAUCCAUAUCCUCUGACUAUCCAUGAGUCACCAGUGACCUGCUGUGAGUACUUUGCUGACUGCCCUGCUGAACUUAUUCCUGCACUUUACUCUGUCGGCAGUCGGCAAAAGAGACAAGGUUACAGCAAGAAGGAAUGGCCUAUUAGUGGAGGAAACUGGGGCCAAGGCACUCAGAGUUACCCAGAGAUCAUAAUCACUGGACAUGCUGAUGGGUCGAUCAAAUUUUGGGAUGCUUCUGCUUUAAUGCUGCAAGUGCUGUACAAGCUAAAGACUGCCAAGGUGUUUGAGAGGGCUCGCAGUAAGGAGGAGAAGCCAAGUACAGAAAUAGUAGAAGAGGACCCGUUUGCCAUCCAGACCUUGUCCUGGUGUCCCGAGAGCAGGAUGCUCUGUGUGGCUGGGGUGUCUGCCCACGUUAUCGUCUAUAGGUUCAGCAAACAAGAAAUCACCACUGAAACUGUGCAGCUUUUGGAGGUGCGGAUGCAGUGUGAGUUUAGCAAUGGCGACUCCCCUGACCCAGGAGGGGAGCAGACCCCCACCCUGCCCACCCCGGGAGCUUCCUCCAGCCCUCAGGACAGCGAGCCUCCUACUCAACCCUCAACAGGCAGCAACUCCUGUGAUGGACCCCGGGACAAUAUACCAUGCCUGAAGGUGCGGAGCUCCCCGCUGAAGCAGUCUCCGGGCUACCAGGUGGAGCUGGUGAUCCAGCUGGUGUGGGUGAGCGGGGAGCCACCCCAGCCAAUCAGCAGCCUGGCUAUCAACUCCUCCUACGGCCUUGUGGUGUUUGGAAACAGUAACGGUCUGGCUGUGGUGGACUACCUCCAGAAAACUUUGCUCCUCAACAUGGGCACAUCAGAGCUGUACAGCCCAUCUGAGCCCUACCAGAGGCAGCCUCGCUCCCCACGCAAACAGCGGCAGCCCUCUGGAGCUGCCUGUGAUACCAACGAUGGGUCCAACACCUCAGAGGACCGCUGCAAAUCACCUACUUCAGGAUCUACCUCCCCUUGCAAUUCAGAUGAUGAACGAAAACAGAAGUUCAUACAGAAGGUGAAGUUCAAAAGCAGACGCUUUUCCAAGACGGUUGCCAAUGACUUUGCCAAGAUGUCACGGAAAAUUAGCUCAUCUAGCGAGCAAAAGCCAGACCUGGAGAAGAGGUUCGAACGAUUGCGCUCUCUCACAUGUAAGAAGCGCUUUUGUAGUGUGAAGGAAGGCAAGGUGGAAGCCAGGAUGCACCAGAAGGGGCCCGUCUGUAGAACUAAGUCAGCCCCUAACUCCUAUGCCAAGGAUAAUUCAUUCAUCCGCUCACGUAGUUCAAGUGUAAGCAGCAUAGACAGAGAAUCUCGAGAGGCCAUCUCCUCCUUUCACUUUUGUGAGAGUUUCCCCAGGAAGAUUGACAGCCUGGUCAGCCCCUGUCUGCUGGUGGGAACCACCCAGGGCACUGUGAUGAUGGUGGCCCUCAGCCUGCCACCCGGUGGGGACCAGAGGCUGCAGCAACCGGUCGGCAUCUCCUCCUGCGGAACUCUGGUCAGUCUUAAAGGAGGCAUUUUGACUAUGGCCCUGUUGGACGCUACUGGAACUCUGCUGCCCCCUGCCUACGAGUCAUGGUAUGACCCAAAUGCCUCAGACGAGGACAAGGAGAAGAACCGGAGGCGCAGACCGGCCUCCCCUCCCUCGUCACAAGAGGGUCAAGAUUCCCAGUUCGCCGUGCUGUGUUCAGAGAAACAGGCCAAGGUUGUGGCCAUGCCCUCCCAAACUCGCAUCUACAAACACAACAUCACAGAGACCUCCUUCGUGCUAAGGGCUGAUGUUGUGCAGAUGGCCGGAGCUAACUGUAUUGCCUGUUUCUGUGCUAACGGGCACAUCAUGACUUUGAGUUUACCCAGUCUAAGGCCUCUGCUGGAUGUGAACUACCUGCCGCUGACAGAUAUGCGCAUAGCCAGAACGUUCUGCUUCUCUAACCUGGGUCAGGCCCUGUACCUCACCUCUGCCACUGAGAUCCAGAGGAUCACCUAUAGCCAGGAGACCUGUGAUAAUCUGCAGGAGAUGCUCAGUGAGUUAUUUACCCCUGUGGAGACACCAGAGGCUCCUAACAGAGGAUUCUUCAAGGGUCUUUUUGGGGGAGGAGCUCAGUCUCUGGACAGGGAAGACCUCUUUGGCGAAACAGCUUCUGGUAAGGCCUCCCGUAGCCUGGCCCAGCACAUCCCAGGCCCAGGGGGCAUGGAGGGCAUGAAGGGUGCAGCUUCUGGGGUUGUGGGAGACCUGGCCCGGGCCCGGAUAGCUCUGGACGAGAGAGGACAGAAACUGGGAGAGCUGGAUGAAAGAACGGCAGCCAUGAUGGCCAGCGCAGAUUCCUUUUCCAAACAUGCUCACGAUAUGAUGCUGAAGUACAAAGAUAAGAAGUGGUACCAGCUCUGAUGGCAGCGUGUGGAGCAUCGGACUCUGUUAUCACGCAAACACCAGUGUCUCUUAGGAGCUGCAGGUCCCUCUUCUUCUCUAUUUCUCUCCACGGGGGGUUCUGCUCAACAGACUCAUGCUUUUAUUCUCAGCACAAUAUCAUACACUCUGCAUUACCUCAGUCACCGGAGGACUGCCGCGGAGUAGACACUGGCCAACCCAACGUAAUGAGAAUGGAAAGAAAUGGAAGAAGAGAAGCCCUUAGGAAUCUCUCUUUCCAUUUCACUGGAGAGCGAUGAUGUUCAUUUAACAUCAGUCUGCAGAACAGGAGAGAGGGGACCAUUCAUAUCCAUCAGUCAUGCACUCAUAUAUAUCUCAUAUAUAUAUCUACACACCCUGCUGUUUUGUUCUGGAAGAGAAAAGACAAUUCUGCAAAACAUGUACUUGUGGUGGCCUGAUUGCAAUUGUUCUCUUUUCCUUUCUCUACCCUUUAUGGUGUCUGCCAAACACAGUGGACACAAAUGAGGAGAAAAGUCUGAUGACCCCUGGUCCUUCAAGUCUAAUCAAGUCGAUGAAGAUUUCUAUAGGAAUGAUUGAAUCGAUGAAGGACUCUUGUAUGUUUGUUUUUCUGGUCUAAAUUAUUUGUUAGAGUUUGACCUCUGUCCUUUUGUUAGUCUGUUUUGUUUUGUCUGAAAGGGCCUUUCAAGCACUUACAACCGUAGAGAAUAGACAGGGAGAUGAUGAAUAUAUUGCCUCUCACCGAAUAAGGGCUGGUAGUACGCUAGUUCAUCACCGACCAUUCCUUUUACAGCAUUUCCAAGUUGUUUUAGGUGAGAAAGAGAAAUGGCGUGUUUUCUGGGACUCACUUUGGUUUUAUUUUAAAUUUAGAUUAUUUAUUGGAAAUAGUAUAAUGGAUAGGAAGUUAAAGUUUGAAUGAUGGGCAUUCAUUUUAAUUUUUUUCCUUUGUCAAUCAAAUGCGUUAAAAAGUGCUGAAAAUGUUUACCCCCCCCCCGAUGAAGAGUUUACAUUGAUCAGAAAAAUUAAGAGUUGAUACACUGGAAAACCCCUAAAGUUCUCCUAUUGUUCUAGCUUUCAAAGGGGCUGUAGCUAAGUCACGUAUGAGAAGGAUAAUGUUUUUAAGGGCAAGACAAAGAUUGUCCUCAAUAUGAUUAGCAUAAAUGUAUAUUUUGGUUACAGUUUUGUUUUUUGUGAUAAAGAUUGUAUCUAUACAUGAUUAUUCAGAUUUCUUUCUUUUUUUUAGCAUUCUGUCAUAGCUGAAGUUGAUUUCCGUCUCGUUUCUCAAUGUGUAGGGAAAAAAGCAUGUGUCUCUUACAGCACAAUGGAAAUGGUAAUGCUGUCUUUGUAUUCAUAGCUGCCAGUAGAAAUGACCAAGCACCACAGAGUGUUCCACACAGUGCCACUGGUCAUCUCUCUCUGAACCAUUCACUUCUCUUCUGCCUUUGCCUCAUGAUGCAUAUAUGCUAACCUCUACCUAUGUGUAUGUCUGUGUGUUUGUGAACAUACAUAUAUUCAGGAAUAUGUGUAUGGGCGCCAAUAUUUAUAAUACUACAUAGAUACAGUGUAUUACAAUAGGUCUUUUUGAGGUUUUUGUUUUUGCUUGACAGUGUUUUUCAAUGUGAUUAACUAGAAUUCUAUUGUAAUUAGAUUUCUUUUUCACGAGGUGCAAGGAUAUGCUGCUAUUUGUGUCAAUGUAGGAGCAUUACCUGUUGGUCUUUUAUUUUGAAAAAGAGAGACAAGACUUUGUCAGUCCAGAUUGCUGCCAAAUGUUUAUGUAAAUAACGGGACAGCUGGACACAAAUCUGACAGUGCAGGUUCAGGCAUCGUGACAUACUGUACGCUUGCGGCUAUGUUCUUUUCCGACACCAAAGAGUUGCUUAAUUUCACAGAGUUGUCUUGAUUUUUCCCAAAAUGGUAAGAGUCAGUCUGAAUACCUUGGACAGAACUCUUAAGUCAAGAAGUCUACUGUGUAUAGGGGGGGUAGUAGAUUGGCUUUAGCUUCUUCUUAUGGGCAUACCACCCUCUAUACCCAAACUGCUGUACAUGUGUUCAGAGGACAGGCAAAGUGAAUUUGAAGAGUUUCAUUCCAAAAUGAGAUAUCCACCAAAGAAAAUCAUGGGAAAAAAACGACUCAUGGAAAAUGGUUGCAGGCAUGAAGUAAAAACUGUUAGAAGUUAUGAUCCAUUUUCUUAGAUUUUGAAGUAUUAAAUCGUGUAUGCUUAGGAGAUGUUGAGCAAUCAAUUACACCAAAAAUGUUUUAUCCAAGAUGGAUAUACAGCAUUUUGGAAUAAAACCCUUCAUUUUUUUAAGCUGGCUGAAUUUAAUCUUCUCUACUGUAUACUACUGAGAUAAACCCAUUUCAAAGAGCAGAUAUGUGGGUUUUGCACUAUUUUUUGUACUUAAAAUAAUUUUGUUAGUAUGAUUUCUAGUGUGUUCAUUUUUCUUGUCCCAUUUUCUUAUUUUUGAAAGGACCAAAACAUGACAGAACCUAUGCUUAUCUAUGUCAUUUGCCAAUUAUGCUGAUUGCUUCACUCUCAGAUUUGUUUUCAAUGUCAGGUUAAUGAUACUAUGAUAUAUUUAUAUAUUUGAAAACAAAUAUAUAUAUAUAUAUACUUUUAAUUUCAACAAUCUAUUAAAAAAUAAUACCUUUAAUGUAAUUUUUGGGAUAGAAUAAUUCACAUUAAUGUCCAAAACAAUGGUUGUGCAUAAUUACCCAUCAUCCAGACACGACAAACAUUUUCUGGUUAAAUAUUGAACAUGCUCAUCACAGAUUCAAGCUUUGCUACUGCAGGAGAAUCGUCUCCUCUUGGUGGGCCGCUGAGUCUUUCUACAAAGUGUGGCCUCGACUUUAAAGUGCUUCAGUUUGCAACAUAUAUGUCCUAAAUGGUCUCUUAUUGCACAUUGAAGGAUGCAUGAUAUUAAGUGUUUACAAACUUGAAACAACCAUGUAUUAUCCCUCUUAGAGAUUGUCUCGUCUGGCAUUUGUAUUUACCACCUAGUUGAA